UGGGAAAUUUCUCCACCGCAAAUUUUUCAGAAGUAAACUUGCUUCUGAAAUAUUGUUUAAAUUGUUCUAGUCUCUGAGAUAUGAUUGCUGUUGUUCAUUGAAGAUGGAGUAAUGCAACGGAUGUCUUUGUGAAACCAAGCUUAUUUCUGGGAUAUUAUCUGGAUCUUGGAAGGAUAUCGGAAUUGCCUCUCAUCUUCCUGAAAGAAUUUGAACCAGAUUUGGAAAACUGGUUUUUUGUGCUCACUUCAUUUUGUGCAGCCAGUGAUUACGUUCGGUUGGGAACGGAUAGAAAAACUGAUAUUGAGUCACACAUCGUCACUCAGAUACACUUGUCAUGGUGCUGUCACAGAGGCAACGGGAGGAGCUAAAUAAAGCGAUAGCUGACUACCUGAGCAGCAAUGGUUACAUGAACUCUCUGAAUGAGUUUCUCAAGGAGGCAGACAUGCCGGCCGAGAUCGACAAGAAGUAUGGCGAGCUCGAGAAGAAGUGGACAUCUGUCAUCCGGCUACAGAAGAAGGUCAUGGACCUCGAGGCGAAGCUCGCAGAUGCGGAGAAGGAGUACAUUGCUGGAGCGCCCUCUAGAGACAAGCGCUCGCCGGCGGAGUGGAUCCCGCGGCCGCCGGAGAAGUACUGCCUGAGCGGUCACCGCGCACCCGUCACCAAGGUCGUGUUCCACCCUGUGUUCAGCAUCAUGGCCACCUCCAGCGAAGACGCGUCGAUAAAGCUCUGGGACUACGAGACCGGGGACUUUGAGCGCACACUGAAGGGACACACGGACUCGGUGCAGGACCUGGCGUUCGAUCACACGGGCAAGUGGCUCGUCUCCUGCUCCGCGGACAUGAGCAUCAAGCUGUGGGAUUUCCAGGUGUACGAGUGCGUGAAGACAUUGCACGGUCACGACCACAACGUGUCGUCGGUGCAGUUCAUGCCUAGCGGAGACUUCAUCGUGUCGUCGAGCCGUGACAAGACGAUCAAGAUGUGGGAGCUGGCGACGGGCUACUGUGUGAAGACACUGACGGGACACAGGGAGUGGGUGCGCUGCGUGCGCGUCAACUCCGACGGCUCGCUACUCGCUAGCUGCUCCAACGACCAGACCGUGCGCGUGUGGGUUGUGGCCACGAAGGACUGUAAGGUUGAGCUGAGAGAGCACGACCACGUUGUCGAGUGCGUCGAGUGGGCGCCGGAAGCCGCUAACAACGCCAUCUGUGAGGGAGCGGGCACCGACCCGAAGAAGGGGAGCAAUCGCGCGGGACCGUUCCUCGCCUCCGGAUCGCGAGACAAGAGCAUCAAAAUCUGGGACGUGAGCAUCGGCGUCUGCGUGUUCUCCAUGAUCGGACACGACAAUUGGGUGAGGGGCAUCCGCUUCCACCCGGGCGGCAAGUACCUGCUUAGCGCGUCCGAUGACAAGACGCUGCGGGUGUGGGACCUGAAGAACAAGCGCUGCAACAAGACCCUAGACGCUCACCAGCACUUCUGCACUUCUGUUGAUUUCCACAGGAACUCGCCGUAUGUGAUAACAGGCAGCGUCGAUCAGAGCGUCAAGGUAUGGGAGUGCCGUUAGUGCCACCUGCUGGGUGGAAUAGGCAACAGCGGACGGACAAGCAAGUCGCACUUCGGCGCUCGUUCGUUUUAGUCGAGCGUUCGAGCAACAAUCUUUGGCGCGUAACAUAUUCCCCGCUUUCCCCGAGCAGUGUAGACUUUCCGUCAUCGUGAGGUGCCGAGAUCGCGCGUGCGCCUGCGCCGCAAAACUCUCUGUCCUUCUCCUCCGUGUGUCGCGGGCUGUUUCUCCGACGAUUCCGCAGCUUGGUCGCUUACCCGCAGAGUAAAAACUCGUGGGCGAUGUGCCCUGUGCGAGGUUGAAAAUCUACUCGUGGUGCACACACACACACACCGUGCGUUGUACGUACGUGUGGUUUGU